AUUUUAUGUUUCAGGGUGUGUUUUUCUUUUUUGUGUGUAGGUGGGAGGGCUGCAGUGCUAUAGCACGAUGGACACAAAAAUGAAAGAGCUUUGCAGGAUUUGUGCUCGGGAGCUUUGCGGUAACCAGCGAAGGUGGAUAUUUCACACUGCAUCCAGAUUGAAUUUGCAGGUUAUUCUGUCUCAUGUCUUGGGUAGGGAGAUCUCUCGGGAUGGCAAGGCAGAAUUUGCCUGCAGCAAGUGUGUGUUUAUGCUGGACCGUAUAUACAGAUUUGACACUGUCAUUGCCAGAAUUGAAGCCCUGUCCAUCGAACGUCUCCAGAAGUUGCUAAACGAGAAAGACCGUCUGAAGCAGUGCAUUGCAAAUCUGUUUCAGAGAAACAAUGAGGACCAUAGCCUGGAUGGCAAAAGUGGGAAUGGAACAGUGGAUGUAUCUUAUUUGCCUGACAUGCACUAUUCGGCUCUGCUUCAGGAGGAUUUUGCUUAUUCUGGCUUAGAGAGCUGGGUGGAGGAUGAUGAACAAGGUGCUGAGGCACUCAGCUGUCACCAUUUCAUCGACAGUGGCAGCCAGAAACCACGACGCUGUCGAACUUGUGCUGCAUUACGUGUAACUGAUGCUGACUAUGAAGCUGUUUGCAAAAUCCCACGGAAGCUGGCAAGGAGUGCUUCUUCUGCAUCUCGAUAUUCAGCUAGUACAGUGGGGAGUGUGUGCAGUGAAGAGACUCCUGGGAUACCUACUGGGUCUGAAUCGUUGGCUGCCUGCCUUUCAGGUAUUAAGGAUAGUGGGUCUGAUGGUGGUGUGGAGAAAAUGUCCCCAAUCAUGUCAGUUGAAUCCUUGGAUAAAGUGGUGGAAACCAGUCCUUUAAGUAUCAAAGAGGAGGAGGAGGGUGAAAUCCUGGCUGUUGAGGAUGAAGAUGCCCAAGUGGACAUGGACAGAGAGAUAAAGCAGGAUCAGAGAUCCGACACAUUUUUUGAUGAUCCUGCUACAAUAAAUAGCUCCGUUUACUUCAGUAAGUUAGAACUUGCUCUCAGUAUGGUCAAGAACUUUGACCUGAGACCUGUUAAGUCUCCUAAAGGAAGCAAGUUGCCCAUUUUAGAACGGUGUAGCCCACUGCUUUCAAAGUCGGAUAGCGCCUUUGCCAGUGAAGUGAGUCAAGCUGAUACAAGAGAAAGCAGCGAUGUGCAGAACAGAACUGCAGAAUUAGUUAGCAGGCAGUUUGCAGGGUUUCACCCCGCACUUGCGGACCUUGAGGAACUGUGGCAAGACGUCUGUGAAGGCUAUGUUCCUCUUCGUUUUCGGGUACGACAGAAGAACUUGGUGGAGGAACAGCAGAUGCAGCUGAAUCAGUAUGAGACAGCAGCCGGUCAGUGCAUGACGGAGCUUCAGAAAGCCGAACAGCAAGUUCACUUACUACAGAGCAAGAUCCAUGAGACAGAAGCUUCCAACAGGAUUCUUCAGGAGAAGCUGAGUGAGAUGGAACUGGAACUAAAAAGUGUUCGACAAGGUUCUAGGAAGCAGGAUCGAUCUAUCCAGGGACUCAGUGAAGCCCUCGCUAGCAAACAGAAGGAGAUUGAAGAACUGUAUGGUGUACUAGAAGGGCAGUCUGAAUCGAUGGACAAGCUGCGUGAAAUCAUUCAGAGAGGCUCACUUUCACAACUGCAGGGCCCUGAUGGACCACUAAGUGUAUGCCUUCUAUUACCUCAGCAGUCUGAGUUCAGUGACCAGCAGAACUCACUCUUGGCCACUCAGCUAGAGCUGCAGAAGACACGGAGGUUGUUGCGUCGCAGAGAUUACCAAGUUGCAGAUACGCAGCGUGCCCAAGGCCUGCUAGAAGCGGAGCUGCAGGAGAUGAGGCAGCAGCAGAACGACAUUCUAAAGCAUGGGCAGGAAUUGCGUGGCAUGCUUCAGCAUACACGGGCAGAACUUCAAGAGAAAGAGCUACUUUUGAGGGCUGCAGAGAGAGAGAAGCUCAGUGAAAUUGAAGAUCGUGAAAAGGCCAUUCUACAACUGAAUCAGAACCUUCGUGAAAAAGAGCACCUGAUACAGGAAUGUGAAGGACUUUUCCAGAAUCAAACAUCAGAUGGGAGCAUGGCGGGUAGAGAUGUUUUAUUGGAAAAAUUACGAGAGCGCAUCCGUGACAGAGAUAGGGCAUUGGAGAGAGCUAUCGAUGAGAAGUAUUCUGCCCUUGAGGAGAAGGAGAGAGAGACACGGAAGCUACAGCUAGCCUUGAGGGAGAAAGAACGUGACUUGGAACGCUUACGUUGUGUCCUCUCAAACAAUGAAGAAACAAUCAAUAGCCUGGAUGGCUUGGUGAAAGUGAAAGACCUGGAGUUGGAACAGGCAUCUCUGGCUCUCCAGAACCUGCAGCGGUUGAAACAGGAGACUGAUGAAAGAUCUGAAAGAACCCUGCAAGAAAAGGAUCGUGUUCUUGCUCGAUUGCAUGAGGUGUUGCAGGCCAAGAACAUGGAGGUGGAGAAUGUGACAGCAGCCCUUAUAAACAGAGUUAGUCUUGGAGCAAAUGAGGUGGCGCAGCAGCUAAGGAUCUCCCUUCUUGAGAAGGAGAAACUUUUGGGGAAUGUUCUGGAAGAAAACAGAAAGCAGAUGGCAGAGCAUGAAUGUGAGAUUCAUGGUCUUCUUGCUAUCGUCACUUCACGUGACCAGCAGCUUAAGGAGUCAUCUGAACGACUGGUGCAGCUAAUUGCUGAAAAGUAUCAUGAGGUGCAGGACUUGCGCAGACAGAUUGCGGAGAGAGAGAAAGAAGUGACCGACCUCAUCAAGUCAAAAAACCCUUCCUCACCAGGCCUGAUGACAGAAACAUGUCGCUUAAAACGACUUCUUGAGGUGAAGGAACGCUUCAUUGAUGAACUGAUGCAGGAGAGUCCAGUUGCCCAGGCUGUACCAGAGAGGAUGACCAAUGGGAGAGGAACAGAAGGCUCUGAGAGUUACGAAGCUGCAGAGAAAGCAUCCGAGUUGCACAGGGAACUGGAUAAUGUGAAAGAGGAACUGCAGUUUGCAUUAAGGAAGGAGAACGAAGCAAGGCUGGAGCUUUCAAACCUGCAAUCUGUUAUUGAUGAACAGAGCAAAGAGAUACAGCUGCAAACUGCCAACAUCGAGGCCCUUGGCAAGAACCAGAAAGCCCAGCAGGAUCUAAUCAAGGAGCUGCAGGUACGGAUGUCAAAGCCUGAAGAACUAGCAUUAGUCGAACAUCUCACUCAGGAGGUCUUGGCCUUAAAAGAAAGAGCAGCUCAGAUGGAGUCAUCUUCGCUGGAUGAUUCUGACCUUCAGCAUCACCAGUCUGUGCUGGAGAUCCUUCUAUCAGAGCAGGCAAGGCUGAAUGAAGCUCUGGAGACAGAAAUGCAGCUUUAUAACAGCCUGGUGAAGUUCCACGCUAACCCCGACAGCAAUGAGAGAGACCGAAAGCUUCAGGAAGGGUUGGAUAUAAUUCGUGCACUUCAGUCACAACUGGAAGAUGGCCUUAGAAGAAGCCAAAUGAGCCUUAGCAGACUGGAUAGGAACCAAGGAACCCUGGUCAAUUUUGGAGAACUUGGCAUAGAAGGUGAGGAAGAGGAUGGUGAUGAAGAGGAUGAUAGAAGCAGUCAGUUUACUGACAGCAUUGAAGAAGAUGCACUCAGCAAGGAGAGACACUGCAGGGAAUCAAAUGAACAGGUUUCUUUCAGCUUGGGACAGAACAUCCUUCCAGGAGAUACGGAGAAUGACCACCAGUCUCCAGAUGUCCUUGACAGUGCUGAAGACCUUCAUAGACAGCUGCUGGAACUGGAAGCAGAGUUUCAGACAGUACAGGAGCAGAAAGACAGAGCUGAAGAAGAGCUUCAGAAAAUCAAAGCACAAAUUGAAGAAAGCGGCUUUUCUUCAUUGGCUCAGAUCAGGAGCACGUUGCUGAGUUUGCAUUUGGAGAACACGGAACUGAAAGAGCGAGUUGGAGAUGUUGGGGUUGGACAGUGGGAGAGAGAAGAAAAUGAGAAAGAAGAGGUAGAAGACCUCAAUGAAGAGGACCUAAGGGAAGCGUUCAGGAAGCUAAAGGCAAAGCAAGAAAAUGCUGAGAUGGUUAUCGGUCUGUUGAAAGAACAACUGGACCUUAACCUGUCAGUGAAUGGAGAAAAGAGGUUUGACUCCGAGCUGAUAGUGAAUAUGGCAAAAGAAAUUCAGCGCUUGCGGUCAGAUCUUUCCUCUCUGCAUGGGAAGCGCUCAGCACCAGGUGUGCAGCUUCGACAGGGAAGGGCUAAACGCCAGUGUACCAGGCCACACUCCUUAGAUUUGGGGGUUCUUCUGUCUGGAGCAAACAGUAAACCAGAAACCACAGAGUCUGGCGCAGAUGGACAGUCUCAGAGCCAAGGUUUCUGGCAACAUGUAGAGUCUGGCCUGAGGGAACAGCUGCAGACCCUUCGACUGGAUUUAGCUCAGUGCCGGCAGCAGAAACAAGAACUGCAGGACCAGCUGAUGGUGACCGAAGCAACUGUACAGGCCCAAGGCAGUCAGCUGAAACAAUAUAGGCGCUUGCUUGUUGAACCCUCAGUGGAACAAGACAGCAAACAGGUGCAGGUAGACCUUCAAGAUCUGGGGUACGAAACCUGUGGAAGGAGUGAGAAUGAAGCAGAAAGAGAGGAAGCCAGCAGCCCAGAAUGCGCUGAGACUGAACUGCAAGGAGAUUUUGAGAAUGACCACUGCAUUUUUGAGCUGAAUCCUCAGUAUGACUUCGCAAUCACUAGCUCCCCUUGGCCGCUCAAGUCCAGCAUGAAAAAACAACAUCAGUUGGAGGAGUAUGGGAAAACAGAUGACAUCACAGUGUUGCAGCAGCAUAUCCAGGAUCUGAAGACGCAGCUGAAAAAUUCUGAAAAAGUAAUCAGAAACCUGCAGGCACGCAUCCGCUCCUUUUCAACCACCAGUGACUAUGCUUCCAGCAUGGAGAGACCUUCAAAAAUUAUGAAGAACACCACCUUUCAGGCUUCUCCAUCUCCAAGCAUUGCUGAUGAGGAUGAAGGUUGGCAGUCUGACAGCUUUGGAGACAUUCCCAACCUGAAGAUUAAGCCUUCCAAGGAGCUUGCAGAGCUGGUGGAACGUGUAGCAUCACUGGAGGCUCAGCUGAAGAAAUCCAGGCUGGAGCAAUCUAUCCCAGAGCAGCUAAGAUCCGCUACAUGGCCUGGAAAGUACGACAGUUUGGUUCAGGCUCAAGCCCGGGAGCUGUCUCACAUUCGACAGAAGUCACGAGAAGGCCGCGGACUCUGCCACAUUCUCACCCAGCAUCUGCAGGACACCACUAAGGCCUUUGAGGAACUCUUGCGUGCCAACGAUAUUGACUACUACAUGGGCCAGAGUUUCCGUGAUCAGUUGGCUCAGGGAAGCCAGCUGGUGGAGCGAAUAAGUGCCAAGCUUAGUGCCAGAGAUCGCACAAACAUAGAUGAUAAAGCAGGGCAUGAACUUGUUGCUCUCAGGCUGAGCAGGGAGCUACAACAGAAGGAUAAGGUCAUCGAGUCUUUGCGUGCCAAACUGCAGGAACAUUUUGAAACCUCCAGCAGUCUAGCCCUCUCCGAGUCUGACCAGUCUGAUAGAACCUCCUUUGUGUCAGAUGAUCGUGCUUCCACUAACGAUGAACUUGAACUGUGCUCUAAUGUGGACUCCACGAAUGAUUAUGCCCAGUCUGAGCGGAGAGGUAGAGAUAGCGUUGCUCAGGAUCAUGAAGAGCAUCACAGCCACACUGAGAGCACAGCUUCACUCUCAUCCGUCCCAUCAUCCAUCACUGCAUUACAUGGGACGCCAGCUAAAAGCAGUCCCAGCAUUCCAUCUUCACUGCAUCAUACCAUGGAUACUCACCUGUCACAGCAAGGUUCUCACACUGACUCAUCUCCUAAUAUGUGCAGUGUCCCUACAAUGCAGCCAGGUCCCCAACCUUCUGUUCAUUUUGCCCCUUUUCCCUCUGACCCUAGAACUGCAGCCUUUGACCUGAGUCACCAGGGCAUUCCACCAUUCUCAUUGGCAUCAGUACAUCAGGAGCUGCAGAUGUUGCAGAAGCAGCUGGGAGAAAGUGUUGGACAGACAGCUCCUACUGGCAUGAAGUUAAUGCCUGGUUCUGCUGGCUUGUCUACAGACAGCUGUAACUCUUCCCAGACAGACUUCUCCCAUGGUGUUGGCAGUGGCCCUCUUCCUCACUUACCUUUUCUACAGUCACAGUUCAAUAGCUCAUUCAGCUCAGAUGGCAUGCCAAAGAUGGACUCUGGAUUCCUGGACAAUACUGGACUGUGGGAUAUGGCACACCUAGUCCAAACUCCUAGGAUGAAUGUUUUUGGUGACAAAUCUUCAGGAUCAUCAGCAUACCAGUCUGGUGCAAGCCUAUCAGGGACAGAUUUGUUGGAAGAACAUCUUGGAGAGAUUCGAAAUCUUCGUCAACGGUUGGAAGAAUCAAUCCGUACAAAUGACAGACUGCGGGAACAACUGGAAGAGCGACUAGCAUCGGCUGUUAGAGGCAAUGGCCCUCCCACCAACAUUUACAUCCAAGGAUUAGAGUCCGUGUCCCAGCUGUCUAAUGAGAACCGUGUUCUUCUGGAGGAGAAGAUGAACCUUCAAACACAACUCAGUCAGCUAUCAAGAGGUCAUUCUGCAGAGCUGGAGCAGCUGAGAGAGAGCCUGAUGUCUGCUCGAUCGAAGAUGAAGAAUUUAGAGGUAGAGCUGGAAAAGUGCCAGGAAGAGAAUAGGAGAGUGCAGGCUGAUAUGAGAGAGAAGCAGCAGGAAGUUGUCCAACUGCGAGAAGAACGUCAGCAUUGUCAGGAGAACAACAACAGGUUGCAGCAUGAAGUCAGCCUACUUCAGCAGCAGAUGGCAGAAAACAGGCAACUCAUAUGUUCCCUCCAGACUGAAGUGCAUUUGUACGAGCGGUUGUGUGGUGUCACAAAGCCAAGUACCCCAGCCUAUCUUAGGGAUGGGGGACUUCAUGGUGUGUCUUCAACCUUUGACCUGAAGAGCCUUCUGUCAGAGGUCAGAAGUUUGCGACUUCAGCUAGAGCACAGCAUCCAGCUCAACAGCUCCUUGAGGCAACAGCUGGAGCAGCAGCUGACAGGGAAUGCUGGGAAGGAACAACGCCCCUCCUGUAUCAGCAUAUUUCCAACCAGCGAGCUUGGCAGCAGGAAGGAGGUUUACCAAGAUUCAGUACCCUCUCCACCAGUGCGUGAUACAGGUCCAUUCACCUCUGCCUUUCCAGCAUGCUCCUCUUCUACCCCCUCGUUUGCUGAGCUGGCAAUGGAAGAUUCCCUGUUGCAGACACAAAUGGUAAACUGUGCCAAAGAUUCUGCAAACUUAAGCUCUUCCAAGCUGGAAGGAGAUGCUCCAGAUGGCACAUUUGCCAAUAAAAAUGGUCGGCACGUCAUCGGCCACAUCGACGAUUACACUGCCCUGCAACAACAGGUUAUGGAAGGCAAAGUGCUGGUGCACAAGAUGGAGACACUCAUGCAGUCUGCCCUUAACAUACCCUUUCUGGAAAUCCAUGGCACAAAGGGCCUCGAUUAUGGGAAGAUAAAGCAGCUUUUUGCUAAUACAAACACACUAGGACAGAUCUUGAAAGAAGCCUCCUCUCUCCUGAAGAUGUUCUGGAGGGCAGCUCUUCCCAGUAUAAGCAGCUCCACUCAGCACCUGAAAAAGGAGAAGACAAUGAAAGAAGAGAUCCACACACUGCGGCACAAACUGGCGGAAAUGGAGAGCCUGCUACAUAACGCUACAGAACGUCUCAGUGCCACCAACCAAGUAAAGGAGAGCAUGGAACAGUUCAUUGUGGGCCAGUUGACCAGAACACACGAUGUGUUAAAGAAGGCAAGAACAAAUCUAGAGAAGGGUGAUUGCAAAGGUUCCUUAUUUAAAUCGUGCCCCAGUCCUGGGAAAGGUGAUGAAAUCACAAGAGAUGUUUCAGAACAGACUGGUCACGUGACCGAACUCUUCCAGCAGCCGUCAAAGAAAAAAUCUAAUCGGCGAUCAGUUCUAAAGAAGGAAGGAAGAUUUAACCAGCGCUUUGUUGAAGUAGCCCAGUUCUGAUGUAGUCUGUUUGUAGCCUGACUGUGCGGAUUUCUAAGCGCGUGAAAGUCAAAAUGUACUUCUUCCUACAGGCUUCUUGAACAUGUGACUGGCUAACAACGAGUUAACUUUAUUGAUUAUUUAUGAUGCAUGUGAUUGAGCACAUUGCAAAAAAGACAAAAAAAUUUUUUUGGUGUGCAGCACAUAAUUUUCACUUUCUUCUUCCUUUGCCUUUUUAAUAUUUAACUGUAUCUACUUCGGUAGGUUUCAGGACAUUUUUUUUUCCUUUUUGGAUUUACAUUGAAUGAAUUCCAGAUGUUCUGUUGUAUUCUUAUUUUAUUUUGCUUGUAUCCAAAAAUUCACAUCUUAUGGAUCAAGAUUCCUUGUUCACGUCAUGCAAAGCACAAGGCUUUAUUUUCUACAAGGAGCUAUGAAUAUAAACCAUCUGGUCAUUCAGAAGUGACACUGGAAUGCAGGAGAUGCCAUAUGAAACUUACUGAGGACUUACGUGUGAGAGCAUGUGCAAUAGAGCUUGCAAACUAGCCAAGCGAGCUUUGCAGUCGACUUGAAACACAAGCCAAGGAUUUAGGACAAUCAGUGCAAUACACGUCUGAAACUGCUGACCUUGACUACAUCAUUCUUUACAAUUAUAAACAACAUGGUGGGUAAGCUGCAGGGACAUUUUGAGGCCAAGUAAAGAACCCAGUCACAUUGAAGUCCACUCUUGCAUGCGCAUUGAAGCUUAUGUGUUGCUCAGGUUCUGACCCAGUGAGAGUCUUUUUACAAAACAAUUGGCAAAUGCUUCUACAUACAACCCCUUACUCCUGUUACUUGCACUGCAAAUGCAAUUACCACAGGUUUGUUGUAGUACGUUUACAGCACAAUACCUGCUCUAUAUGGUCUUCUCCAUGUCAGACAUUUACAUGUCACAGUAGUUGGUUACAAAACAGAACUGACUUUAAAAGCCACUGCAAUAUGUAGUGCUUACAUAUCUACCAUUACCCAAAAUGUCAUCUGCUUUACAUGUGCUCUUCAGACUGGGAAUACGAGUUAAUAACACAUGAUAACGUUGUGCAUUGUAAUGCACACACUUUAGAACUGGUAACGUGUGCCUGAGGAGCAAGCUUUGUUUAAUCAUCGAAGUGUAUUCUGUUGUUACUACAAUUACAAAGCAAUUCUGCAUUCUCCUAAAAUACACUGAGUGGUUCAAAGACCUACCUGCUCUGUAUCAGUUUCCGGUGUGGCCAGAGUUGUUAUAGGUGUGGUAAAAGUUAAGGUGUGGAAAACUCCUGAUAGUGUAAUAUAGUAUGAUUAGAAGGUGUAGGUGAUACAGAACAUCAGUGUUCAUUGCAAUGGAGAUCAUAAAGUAAAUUACAAAAUUAUAUUCUAUCUGUUGUUGUCAAGAUUCAGGGCAGAAGCAUACACUUUUUUUUCUUUGCAACUUCCACCCCCCAGUUCAUUUGCCUUUGCACUUGUUUAGGUAUGCAGUCAUACUGAAGCCAUAUUCACUUUGGGAAAGAUUACAGUUACUGUUGUAUUUGCCGAGGCUCAUCUCCAAAUGCACAGAGUUUUACUUGCAUGUAAAAUACUAUCUGCUUCCAAACAAGUAAUUUGGUUAACAAAAGAAAACACAUAAAUUGAAGAAAACAGUAUUUACUGGAAGCUCUGAAUGGAUCUAAAUUUUGUUUCCUGACCUAGAGACAAAGAACCUGAGCAGAACAAAUGCUUCUUAGACAUUAGGCCGGCUUAAUUAGAGCCUUCUAGGACUGCUGCUAAUGCUGUAAAUAAUUUGUUCAUGUUGUAUGGGGGAGGGGAUGUCAUUGUAUUAAAUGUUUACUGCUUUAUGAGUCAUAUGCUAUUUUAGUUGUAGAUUUUCUUUUUAAAAUCAUACUUUUCCAGGUAAAAAGUAUCAAAGUGAUGAUCAAAUGGAAUAUAGUUUUAGCUGUAUAGUAUUUUAUCAAAUGCUGUAACUUUUUUUAGUUUUAUGCAUAUUCGUAAGGGAAAGAUGUGUGCGCAGACAACUGAACACUUGCUGAAGGUUUCUUUUCCCUCUUCCUGCAGCCUGAGAGAGGUUGUAGAGUAAAAAUAAAUAAUAGAGCAUACCGAUUUUCGUGGAUAAGGUGGAGGAGAUGAAAAUUAAGUAUUGUGCUGCGUACAUUCUGCAUCCAUCGUACAUUGUUUUCGAGAAACUUUUAAUGUCUCCCUUUUUAGUAAAAGUACCCAUUUUCAGACUAGUAUUACAUCAAGAAUACUUUCAGUUUUAGAUAUUUAUUUCUUCCAUUAUGUAGCCGGGUGGGGGGGUGGGGGGAUGAAACAUAAGUGAAAAAGCCAGUAAAACUCCCCAACUGUACCUGGAUAACUGUAGUACUUUAAGCUUUUAGUCUGCAUAUCUACUGUGUGGCUGUGUUUGGGUUGGGGGUGAAUAGGAUAUAGCUGAUGUAUUUAUUUGUGUGCCUGUUUAUAUACUGUACAUGAUGUAUAUAACGAAUCGGGGUGCGUGGCCAACAAGUGCAUCAUUGAGCAGGCCUGGGAUAUCUGCUGCAAUAUUAUUUAAUUUAAAAUGAAAGUGAAAAACAAAGGAACUCUGUUUGUUAACCAAUGAUGUUUCCCUCUUUUUUGAUGUAUUCUAAAUUAAAAAAGUACAAGUACA